UACUCUCAAAAGGUCUAAAUGGCAAUUCUAAAACUCGAUCUUGUUCUUUUUCUCUUCAUUUUAGCAAUUUUGGCCGACACUGCGUUCUCACAAAAUUGCAUGGAUACUAGUUGUCCUGGCCUAAAGCAAUGUUGCAGCAGAUGGGGUUUCUGUGGCACAGGAGAAGAUUACUGCGGAUUCUUUUGUUUCAGAGGACCUUGCAAUAUCAAAGGUAAAUCUUACGGAUAUGACUAUAACGUCGAUGCAGGUCCGCGUGGUAAAAUAGAGAGUGUCAUCACACCAGCGUUGUUCGACAGCAUCAUGAGCAAAGUCGAAAGCAACUGCUCGGCAAAAGGAUUCUACACUUAUAAGGCUUUCAUUAGCGCUUUCAAAUCAUUUGGAGCUUACAAAGGAAAAGUGGCAAAACGCGAGAUCUCCGCAAUAUUUGCUCAUUUCUCAUAUGGAUCUAAAGACUUUUGUUACAAAGAAGAAAUAUCGCCCGAGAAAUACUGCUCAAAAAGCAAGAAAUAACCUUGUGAACCGGGGAAAUACUACUAUGGUCGCGGUUUGCUCCAAUCAAUUACGUGGAACGAGUAUUAUGGUGCGGCUGGCAAACACCUAGGGCUACCUCUAUUGAAGGAUCCAGAUUUGGUGACUCGUAGCUCAGAAGUGGCUUUCAAAUUCGCCAUGUGGUUUUGGAAUAGGAAUGUGCGUCCGGCUCUGUACUUAGGAUUUGGAGAAAUCACAAAGAGGGUCGAUGGCCGAGAAUGCAGUAACUGGCGUCGUGACGGUCCAAUAAGCAAGGUCAAACAAUACAUAGAGUUCUGCAAGAUGCUUGGGGUCACUCCUGAUCAAGGUCUCGAUUGUUUUUAG